AUGUCUCGCAUUCUCCGACCCGCAGCUCGCCUAGCUGCUUCGACCCGGGCUCUUCGCGCUCCCGCUGCCCCUUCGUUCGCCCAGUCUGCCGCCGCUCGCGCUGCUCUUGCUCGACCUGUUGUCUUCGGUUCCGCCCAGACCCGAUCCUACGCCGACGCCCAGAGCUCUGGUGUCAAGGAGGUCACUGUCCGAGAUGCGCUCAACGAGGCCCUCGCUGAGGAGCUUGAGCAAAACGAGAAGGUCUUCAUUCUCGGUGAGGAGGUUGCUCAGUACAACGGUGCCUAUAAGGUGACCAAGGGUCUUCUCGACCGCUUCGGUGAGAAGCGUGUCAUUGAUACUCCCAUUACUGAGUCUGGUUUCUGUGGUCUCGCUGUUGGUGCUGCCCUCAGUGGCCUUCACCCCGUCUGUGAGUUCAUGACCUUCAACUUCGCCAUGCAGGCCAUCGAUCAGAUCAUCAACUCUGCUGCCAAGACCCUCUACAUGUCUGGUGGUAUCCAGCCUUGCAACAUCACCUUCCGUGGCCCCAACGGCUUCGCUGCUGGUGUCGGCGCUCAGCACUCCCAGGACUACUCCGCCUGGUACGGCAGCAUCCCCGGUCUCAAGGUCGUCUCUCCCUGGAACUCCGAGGAUGCCAAGGGUCUCCUGAAGGCCGCCAUCCGCGACCCCAACCCCGUCGUUGUUCUCGAGAACGAGUUGAUGUACGGACAGAGCUUCCCCAUGUCCGAGGCUGCCCAGAAGGACGACUUCGUCAUUCCCUUCGGUAAGGCCAAGAUUGAGCGAUCCGGCAAGGACCUGACCAUUGUCUCCCUCGGCCGCACUGUUGGCCAGUCUCUUGUUGCCGCCGAGAACCUCAAGAAGAAGUACGGUGUUGAGGCUGAGGUUAUCAACCUGCGAUCCGUCAAGCCUCUCGAUGUUGAGACCAUCAUCCAGUCCGUCAAGAAGACCGGCCGUCUCCUGUCCGUCGAGUCUGGCUACCCUGCCUUCGGUGUCGGAUCUGAGAUCCUUGCCUUGACAAUGGAGUACGGCUUCGACUACCUCGAUGCCCCUGCUGCCCGUGUCACCGGUGCUGAGGUCCCUACCCCUUACGCCCAGAAGCUCGAGGAGAUGUCCUUCCCCACCGAGCAGCUGAUUGAGGACUACGCUGCCAAGGUCCUCCGCAUGGCUGGUAUCGAUGCUCUCCUUGAAAGAGGGCCUGAAGAGACCGGUCAACGCCAACCUGCAACUCAAGAUCCAGAAGAGCUCAAGCGACACCUGGAGGAGCUCCUCCUCUCACCCUCAGCUGAGUUCUCACCAGACUGGCUCAACCGACUUCAGCAGCGAUGGGAUUAUGAGGCCGAUUACACUUCGCUUUACAAGGUUGCGCCGCCGCAUACUCGAACUCUCACCAGAUUUCAGCGUCAUGGACUUGAAGGGCGUGUUACAGGCUACAAGAACGUCACUGUCCCCGCAAACAGUGCCACAGCCAAGAACUCGACAAGUCUAUCUCGAAAGCCUGCUAAUCGCGCUGAUUUCGUGAGAGGCGCCGCUGGGUUCUUUCCCUUCGCUCCUGGUGGUCUUGAUGGCAUCGAGGCAACAGCGGCGUUUGAGGAUCAAAUUCACACAGGUGCUACAGGAGGUCCUACAGAGACCAGUGGUUCAGGAAACAAGCUUGAACGAGUGAUCCAGCUUGGUUCCGAGGGAGGAUUACUAGAAAAGGCUCCUGGAAUGAGCAGAGGUAUCGACUUCACAAAGAAAAAGACAAGUAUCAGCCAAGAAGAUGCCAACGCUGUCAAGGAGGUGCUCGAAGAAGACCCAGAAGAUGCCAAGGUCGAAGAAGGUGGCAAUGAAGCUUCAACAGAUGCGACUACCCCCGAUGCAACUCCCGACGAAACUGCUGAGGAUGGUGAUGAUAUCGACGACAUCCUGCCUGUUGAGUUCCCCGCCCUGGAACCUCAUGGAGUUCUUGCAGCCUCGAGUGCUCGCAAGGCUGGUCGCGAAUGGGCGCAUAUGGUCGACAUCAACCAUGAUAUGUCCAACUUCAGAGAGCUCGUACCUGACAUGGCUAGAGAGUGGCCCUUCGAACUCGACACUUUCCAGAAGGAAGCAGUGUACCACCUGGAGAACGGCGAUUCAGUGUUCGUUGCAGCACAUACUUCAGCUGGCAAGACUGUUGUGGCAGAGUACGCCAUCGCCCUGGCUGCUAAGCACAUGACGAAGGCCAUUUACACAUCACCAAUCAAGGCACUGAGUAACCAGAAGUUCCGUGACUUUCGACAGACCUUUGACGAGGUGGGUAUCCUCACUGGUGAUGUUCAGAUCAAUCCCGAGGCUAGUUGUCUCAUCAUGACAACGGAAAUUCUUCGAAGUAUGCUCUACAGAGGCGCCGAUCUGAUCCGAGACGUUGAGUUCGUUAUCUUCGACGAAGUCCACUACGUCAACGAUUUCGAGCGAGGUGUUGUCUGGGAAGAGGUCAUUAUCAUGCUGCCUGAACAUGUGUCUCUCAUCCUACUGUCUGCCACAGUUCCAAACACUAAGGAGUUUGCAUCGUGGGUUGGACGAACGAAGCAGAAAGACAUCUACGUUAUUUCGACACCGAAGCGACCUGUUCCCUUGGAACAUUAUCUCUGGGCUGGAAAGAACAUCCACAAGAUCGUGGACUCGGAGAAGAAGUUUAUCGAAAAGGGCUGGAAGGACGCACACUUUGCUAUUCAAGGAAAGGACAAGCCGAAGCCUGCAGAGACUACUGUUGCCACUCGUGGAGGCAAUCCCCGGGGCAAUCAACGUGGUGGUACUCAGCGAGGUGGUCCCCAGCGUGGUGGACGUGGAGGAGGCCAACAGCAGAGAGGAGGCAAUCAACAACGUGGUCGUGGCGGACCACCACGAGCGAGCCAUGCCCCUGGUCACAUGGGUCGUGGAGGUCGCGCUGGAGGUUUCACAUCUGUGGCACAAGACAAGAACCUGUGGGUUCAUCUUGUUCAGUACCUCAAGAAGUCGACUCUUCUGCCAGCUUGUAUCUUUGUCUUCUCAAAGAAGCGAUGUGAGGAGAACGCAGAUGCCCUCAGCAACCAAGACUUCUGCACUGCUGCUGAAAAGAGCCAUAUUCACAUGAUCAUCGAAAAGUCAGUUGCACGGUUAAAGCCUGACGACCGACAGCUUCCACAGAUUAUCAGGCUGAGGGAGCUCCUCAGUCGAGGUAUUGCUGUUCAUCAUGGUGGACUGUUGCCUAUUGUCAAGGAGCUGGUUGAGAUCUUGUUUGCCCAGACAUUGGUCAAGGUACUGUUCGCUACAGAAACCUUUGCUAUGGGUCUUAACCUUCCUACACGAACAGUAGUCUUCUCUGGGUACCGCAAGCAUGACGGACAUUCGUUCCGAAACUUGUUACCAGGAGAGUAUACUCAGAUGGCCGGUCGUGCUGGUCGUCGUGGUCUGGAUACCGUCGGUUCAGUCAUCAUCGUGCCACCAGGAGGCUUGGACGAUGCUCCUCCUGUUGCAGAUCUCCGAAACAUGAUUCUGGGAGAGCCGUCUAAGUUGCGAUCACAGUUCCGACUGACAUACAACAUGAUUCUGAAUCUCCUCCGAGUCGAGGCAUUGAAGAUCGAGGAGAUGAUCAAGCGCAGUUUCUCUGAGCAUGCUACUCAACAGCUACUCCCUGAACACGAGAAGGACGUGAAGCUAGCGCAAGCAGAUUUGGCCAAGGUCAAGAGAGAUUCUUGCGAGAUCUGUGACGUUUCAAUGGACGAAUGCCAUCAAGCGUCCCAGGACUUCAAGAGACUCACAUUUGAGCUGUACAAGGGCUUGCUGUCUAUCCCUAUUGGACGUAGAAUGUUCUCUCAGCACCGACUUGUCGUGUUCAACUGGGACGGCAUUCGCUCCAUCGGUAUCCUCCUCGCAGACGGAAUUAGUAAUAAAGGAACGACGGAGGAUCCAACACUACACGUAUGCGCCAUCAAGUCACUUCGAGAUCGACGAGAUGCUACCGAUCAGCUUCCUUUCAUCCCUGCAUUCCGCAAAUACCUCCACGAACUUCCCAAGAGUAAGAAGCGAGUGCAGACUAAGACUCUUCAUGUUCCUCUGAGUGACGUGGAGUGUCUCACAAGAUGGGUGACCAAGGGCAUUAUUCCUGAGAUCUUCCAGGGCGGAGAUGGCUAUCAACAGGCGAAAGACAAACUUCAAGAGCUUUGUGGUUCAUGGGAUGAUAGAUGGGAGGAACUCGAUCUCUCCCGAGUCAAACAACUACAACUACAGGAGAUUGUGGAGAAGAGAGUUGAGUUGGUCAAGACGAUAUCGAACUCGCCAGCUGAGAAGUGUCCAGACUUCUUGAAGCAUUUCGCUAUGUGUCACGACGAGUGGCUCAUCAAGGAUCAUAUUUUUCAGCUUAAGCAGUCAUUGUCUGAUCAGAACCUUCAACUUCUACCCGAUUACGAACAGCGAGUCCAAGUGCUUAAGGAGCUUGGCUUCAUCGAUGAUGCCACUCGGAUCCAGCUCAAGGGCAAGGUCGCCUGCGAGAUUCACUCCGGUGAUGAACUGGUUCUGACUGAGCUCAUUCUUGACAACGUCCUCGCCGACUACGAACCCGCUGAGAUCGCAGCUCUUCUUUCGGCGUUUGUAUUCCAAGAGAAGACCGAUAUAGAACCAUCCCUGACUGGCAACCUCGAGCGAGGAAAGGAGAAGAUUGUUGCCAUCUCCGAGAAGGUGAACGAUGUGCAGACCCGACUGCAGGUCAUUCAGUCAGCCGAUGACUCCAAUGACUUUGUUUCUCGACCACGGUUUGGUAUCAUGGAGGUGGUCUACGAGUGGGCUCGAGGUAUGAGCUUCAAGAACAUCACCGGCUUGACCGAUGUCCUUGAGGGAACGAUUGUACGAACGAUUACACGAUUAGAUGAGACAUGUCGCGAGGUGAAGAAUGCGGCGAGAAUUGUGGGUGAUCCCGAGCUAUAUCAGAAGAUGCAACAGGCACAGGAAAUGAUUAAAAGGGAUAUCACGGCAGUGGCAAGUCUCUACAUGUAA